CUCCCCCUCAGACAUUGUUCGUCAUUCCGUCCACCAUGACAAUCCGACAUAGUACGUGUCUGUUGAUUCUCGGCGUCGGCACUCUGCUUCUCCUGGCGGUGAGAGGUGAGGUCGCGUUUGACUUCGAACAAAAUGGGGCGGACUGGUUCACCCUUGAUGACAUCCCGAACAACCAGUGCGGCGCCACACUCAGAUCGGUACGCACAGUGCCAAAUAUGUAUGUGUGGGCAUGGCAGCCGACACAAACAAACGUUGCUCACCUGUCUGUCUGUGUGUGCGUGUGUCUAUGGCUUACAUACGCAUCUGCGUAGAGCCCUAUCGACAUCAGGAAGGACGAGGUGAAGAAGGGGGCGUCGGUGGUCAGCUUCUUUUACCCGCCACUGGAGGAGGAAAUCACCAUCUUCUGGUCAGCCUGCUGCCCUCUCGUUGUAUACACGAAAAUGCACUUUGUGUGUCUGUGUGUGUGCACAGGAACGAUAUAUUCGUGGACGGAGAGCUGAGGGAUCCGGACGGCACAGAGGACUUUGGGUAUCUCCAGUACCAAUCAAAGAAAUUCGUCGCCGUGUCGUAAGCAAGCCAAGCCAGAACGCACACCUGCCUGCCUGCCUGCCUUCCUGCCUUGAUUGUGCCCUGCUCCUUGUCCAGCUUUCACUUCCACUCACGGUCGGAACACACGUUCGACGGCAAACAGUUCCCCCUGGAGAUGCACAUUGUGCACGUGCGAACCGACAAUGAUCAAACCCUGCGUGAGUGGCCCACAGAAUGACUGCUUUACUGCCUUACUGCUGGUCUGUCUGUCUGUGUGUCGACUGACUGACAGCUGAGUUUGCGGUUCUCGGUUUUCUGUUCGCGGAAGGCCCAAAGACGAAUACGUUCCUUCGGUCUCUCGGUAAGCACAUUCACGUGCGGCUGCGGAACGAUUUUCAUAGAAUGUGUGCACACGCGGGUGUCAUUCGGUGCACAUAUAUGCAGAAAACCCAGAUGGCAGGCCCAGGAUCCCUUCAGUCGAUGCGCCAGACGUCAUGUAUACAGUCGACGCAGACCUCUCCGAGCUCGGCCAGUUCGCAGCGGAUUCCAAGAUCUUCCACUACCCUGGUUCGCUCACAACGCCCCCCUGCACGCAGGCAAGCGACUAUCACAGGGGAAUUCGCCUCUUAAUCGGUGGAGCUUGCGUCUUUCUUGCCCUGCUUGUCAGGCUGUGAAUUGGUUUGUGGUUGCGGAGCCCUUGCUGGCAAAGGAAGAGCAGCUCGACUUGUGGGUGAAUGCCAACCUCAACGGAAACAGCUUUAGACUCACGCAAAACCCCGAAGUCAUCGACGGACAGGUGAACGAUUCACAGGGCACGUUGAGGAACGGCUCGCAUGUUGCGCUGUGCGGUGGUGUGCCUGUUCAGACGACGCAGAGGAACGAGCUGGUGGACAGGUUUGGGGUCCUGAAAAUCAAUGCCGACUUUGUGCCGUCGCUGUUACCGGUUGAGGCAGGAGUGGUCCCAGACAGUCCCGUGUUCCCUGACGAGAUGCGAGAUGCAGUCAUGAUGGCAUUAGCAAGAGCUGAGAAAAGGGCAAGCUUGUUCGGCCACUUGCAGACAGCAGAGAGAGAGCGACAUGGCCCAGCAGAGGGAGAGAGCGACAUGUGGCUCUCUGACAUCCUCAAUUCUCUGAAGGCAAAGCUGGAUCAAAGACACACACAAGUGAUGGGAGGGAGCCCGUACGGACUGAACUGACACAGAGGGAGGGAGGGAGGCAGGGAGGGAGGGAGGGACGGACGGAGCGAGGGAGCGUGGUGUUUGCUGAGUGGGUGGGUGCCGGGGUAGCCGGCUAGUGGCCUGGCUGAGUGCGUUGGGUGCCGGGGUAGCCAGCAUACAUGGCUUGGCUUUCGUAUGUUCACACGUUUGUGCCCUUUCAUGCUGUGGUGCUUGCACGUGUUCCUGUUUCAUGCACGUAGCUAAGUGCAUCCGUGGCUGCCGGAGUUUCUGUUCAGGCUGGGUCGAUUCCGACUCUCGUCUUACAUUCAUACAGACAUGCAGGCAUACAAACAUAUAAACGUGUAUAUUCAUUCAUACGCUGAUCUGGCGCUGUUUUUUGGCAGCUGCCGAAGCAACCCUGCGUACGGUGCAUGCAUGGGGUGUGUGGUUUGUGUGGUUUGUGUGGUGAAUCCCUUUGUUUUCCAUUUUGUGGGUAUCUCUGUACGACCUUUGCACUUUGCCUGCCAGAUAUCCAUAUUCCUUUGCUCUUGUGUGUCUCGUGUUGACACGUUCAGUGCGGGAGAGGUGUGGAAAGGGUGUGAUUGGCGUGGCUGUGUCGGUCAGGGCUGCUGGGCUGGAGGGUGGUGUGUGUGGCGGACGCCUGUAUUGGUGUGUACUUGUGGGGUGGAUGGGAUGGACCGCAAGCAAAGAGAUCGAUCGUAGUCCCGGAUGAUGUAGCCAGUGCCGGAUGAUGUAGCCUCUGUCUCUUCCUCCUGAUGUGCGACAGAGGGUGCUUCAUCGUCAAACCAAUUGGAGUUGCCUGAAUUUUUGUCUUGCUAGUCUCUAUGUGCAUCUCUAAGGCCUCGAAAACGAGGCUUCGAGCAGCAAAAGCAGAGUUGGUUCCUGCCUGAAGUAGUGGCGGCAGGUGUACGCACCUUAAGGGUCACGUGUACGUCACCUGUAGGCUCGUCCAGCGUGUCCUGUGCUUUGUUCCGCGCUAUAUAUAGGGCUUAUGACAGUUGUUGGGCCCUAUAGAUAUCAGCAUGCACCCUUGACUAUGCUGAUGGAAGGAGCCUUGUGAUGGAAGGUUUGUGUGUGUGCUUAAGGUCUACAUGCACACAAUGACUUGCGUAUGAUGUCUCCCAUGACACUACCUCAGUCGAAGCUGGUUGUUGGGUUAUGUUGUUGUGUGUGUGUGUGAGUGUGUGUGUGAGUGAGUGUGUGUGUGUGUGGUGUUGUGGUGAAACGGCGUGUGUCUGCUUUUGCGUCCUACAUCCGAGUUUGCUAUGUGUCGUUUUUCUCAAUAUGCAUGUCAUCGAAAACAUCCGCCCAAAAAGUCAGCUGUGGACACACGUGUGUGGGUGAAUGACUAACUCACUACUCAGCAUACCUAUCUGGUUGGCAGAUGUAAGGUUGUCCUUUGAUGGCAUGCAAUUUUGAGUGCGCGUGUGUCUCCCUCCGUAUGGUCGGCUGCCUGGCUGGCUGAGUGUGUGUGGUCAGCAGUCAUGUGACGAUGUGUGGCGUGUGUCUACAUAAAGGGGGGCAGCGAAGGGGACGCAAAGGCGCCCUUCUCUGCACGUCUUGUGCGCUUUGUGCGCGUUUCAUACAGUUUCAAGUGAAUGGACAGUCGAGCAGUAUAUGCCACACCAUGUGCCUCGCAGACAGAGACUCCAAGGGGGAAAGAUGAAGAGACACCGAUCGACAAGAAACGUGAUUCCUCACUGUGUGGAUGGAUGAAUGGAUAUCGCA